UUAUUUUUUUUCUCCUAAGUGGAUUCUAAAUUUAAGCAAGUCCAUGAUAAUGCAGCAGAAUAUGACAAGGAGAUAUAUAUUGCAGCAGCUUAUUUUUCUUGAUUGUGAUGCUUUAUGGUUAGAACCCAAGAUUGAACGAAUACAGUUGUCAUUAUUAUUGUCAGCACUAGCCCUACUUUGAGACUACACAUUAGUUUCAAGGGAAUGGGACACCUUUCUGUCCCUCAGUACUCCCUCCUGCAGUUCUAGUCUAUCAGCAAGUCCUAUUUCUCUUAUCUCCCCAGACACUAACAGAAUUCGGGACAAAUUGUUAAAGAUUGGAAUGGGCUUUGGAAAUGGCUUGUGAAAAGCUAUUCGAAAUGCAUAUACUUAGACUGUCUUAUGUAUUCAUUAAAAAUCAUUCUCGCUAGUUUAAAAAAAAAAAAAAGCCCAGGGAUGUUCUGGGAGAAGACAUUCGUUUCUGAUUAGACUGAUAUAUACAGUACUUUCCAGUUUCCCUUUGUAAAGUGCAGUGAAGUCUACUGUAAAGAACCCCAUGUUAUCCACAGAGCUUGGAAGCAUUCUUGAUUAUUGUAGGGUAACCAGAAAUAUUGAAGUUCUGGCCAUCACCUGGGAAAAGAGACUUUGUUUCUUUUAUUUUGCAAAACUGUAUUUUAUAUACCUUUAAAUGAUGGAACUAUCAAAAAUUCUCCUGUAAGUCAAAACCAUGCAGUCUGUUCUUGAUUAUCCUUACCCAUAAAAUGUUUCCUUAGCAUGGGCUAUCAAACUCUACAGGUUAACUACUUAACAAGGAUAGAACCACUGCCUGGCAAUCUGAAGCCGAGAAACUUACUUGGGAUGGAUUCAGGGCCCAGUCCAACUGCAUUUCCAGUGACAGAGCCCAUGUCUACUUUGAGAGUUGAGGUCUUCCUGCUACUGUAUUAUCUCUGGCUUAAGUGAUACAGUUGUAAGGGAAACCAUCACUAGGAACAACAUACCAUCUUCAUUCUUGAGAUAACCAAAAGGCUUGAGUUUGAAGAAACUGAAGAACCUGAUUUUACUGCAUUAUGUCAGAAAUUAAGGAUACCAGAUCAUGUCAGAGAAAGAGCUUGGUUAACUUGGGAGAAAGUUUCAUCUGUGGAUGGAGUCUUGGAAGGUUAUGUUCAAAAGAAAAAGGAACUAUGGGGAAUCUGUAUCUUUAUUGCAGCAGUUGACCUAGAUGAGAUGCCGUUCACUUUCACUGAGCUGCAGAAAAACAUUGAAACCAGUGUCUAUAAAUUUUUUGACUUACUAAAAGAAAUCGAUACCAGUAUCAAAGUUGAUAAUGUUAUGUCAAGACUGUUGAAGAAGUAUAAUGUGUUGUGUGCACUCUACAGCAAAUUAGAAAGAACAUGUGAACUUAUAUAUUUGUCACAACCCAGCAGUUUGAUAUCUACGGAAAUAAAUUCUAUGUUGGUGCUAAAAGUUUCUUGGCUCACGUUUUUACUAGCUAAAGGGCAAGUUUUACAAAUGGAAGAUGAUCUGGUGAUCUCAUUUCAGUUAAUGCUGUGUGUCCUUGACUAUUUUAUCAAACUCUCACCUCCCGCAUUACUCAAAGAACCAUACAAAACAGCUGUAAUACCUAUUAAUGGUUCACCUCGAACACCAAGGCGAGGUCAGAACAGGAGUGCACGGAUAGCAAAACAACUAGAAAAUGAUACAAGAAUUAUUGAAGUUCUCUGUAAAGAACAUGAAUGUAAUAUAGAUGAGGUGAAAAAUGUUUAUUUCAAAAAUUUUAUACCUUUUAUGAAUUCUCUUGGAAUUGUAGCUUCUAACGGACUUCCAGAGGUGGAAAGUCUCUCUAAACAAUAUGAAGAAAUUUACCUUAAAAACAAAGAUAUAGAUGCAAGAUUAUUUCUGGAUCAUGAUAAAACUCUUCAGGCUGAUCCUACAGACAGUUUUGAAAUGCAGAGAACACCACGAAAAAGUAACCCUGAUGAAGAGGUAAAUGUGAUUCUUCCACAGACUCCAGUUCGGACUGUCAUGAAUACUAUCCAGCAAUUAAUGAUGAUCUUAAAUUCAGCAAGUGAUCAACCGUCAGAAAAUCUGAUUUCCUAUUUUAAUAAUUGCACAGUGAAUCCAAAGGAAAGUAUCCUGAAAAGAGUGAAGGAUAUUGGGUACAUCUUUAAAGAGAAAUUUGCUAAAGCUGUGGGACAGGGAUGUAUGGAAAUUGGAUCACAGCGAUACAAACUUGGAGUCCGAUUGUAUUACCGAGUAAUGGAAUCCAUGCUUAAAUCAGAAGAAGAACGAUUAUCCAUUCAAAAUUUUAGCAAACUCCUGAAUGACAACAUCUUUCAUAUGUCUUUGUUGGCAUGUGCUCUUGAGGUUGUAAUGGCUACCUAUAGCAGAAGUACAUCUCAGAAUCUGGAUACUGGAACAGAUUUGUCCUUCCCUUGGAUUCUGAAUGUACUUAAUUUAAAAGCUUUUGAUUUUUACAAAGUGAUUGAAAGUUUUAUCAAAGCAGAAGCCAACUUGACCAGAGAAAUGAUUAAACAUUUAGAACGAUGUGAACAUCGAAUCAUGGAAUCCCUUGCAUGGCUCUCAGAGUCACCUUUAUUUGAUCUUAUUAAACAAGCAAAGGACCGAGAAGGACCAGCUGAUCACCUUGAACCUGCUUGUACUCUCAACCUUCCUCUCCAGAAUAAUCACACUGCAGCAGAUAUGUAUCUUUCUCCUGUAAGAUCCCCAAAGAAAAAAGGGUCAACUACACGUGUAAAUUCUACUGCAAAUUCAGAGGCACAAGCAACCUCAGCCUUCCAGACUCAGAAGCCAUUGAAAUCUACCUCCCUUUCACUCUUUUACAAAAAAGUGUAUCGACUAGCAUAUCUUCGACUAAAUACCCUGUGUGCACGCCUUCUGUCUGACCACCCAGAACUAGAACAUAUCAUCUGGACCCUUUUCCAACACACACUGCAAAAUGAGUAUGAACUCAUGAGAGACAGGCAUUUGGACCAGAUUAUGAUGUGUUCCAUGUAUGGCAUAUGCAAAGUGAAGAAUAUAGACCUUAAAUUCAAAAUCAUUGUAACAGCAUACAAAGAUCUUCCUCAUGCUGUUCAGGAGACAUUCAAACGUGUUUUGAUCAGAGAAGAGGAGUAUGAUUCUAUUAUCGUAUUCUAUAAUUCAGUCUUCAUGCAGAGACUGAAAACAAAUAUUUUGCAGUAUGCUUCCACCAGGCCCCCUACCUUGUCACCAAUUCCUCACAUUCCUCGAAGCCCUUACAAGUUUUCUAGCUCACCUUUACGGGUUCCUGGGGGGAACAUCUACAUAUCACCCCUGAAGAAUCCGUAUAAAAUUUCAGAAGGUCUGCCUGUGCCAACAAAAAUGACUCCAAGAUCAAGGAUCUUAGUAUCAAUUGGUGAAUCAUUUGGGACUUCUGAGAAGUUCCAGAAAAUAAAUCAAAUGGUGUGUAACAGCGACCGUGUGCUCAAAAGAAGUGCUGAAGGAAGCAACCCUCCUAAACCACUGAAAAAACUGCGCUUUGACAUUGAAGGAUCGGAUGAAGCAGAUGGAAGUAAACAUCUCCCAGGGGAGUCCAAAUUUCAACAGAAACUGGCAGAAAUGAGGCUCAGCUCAGAGGCCUUCCUUGACACCCAAGCUAAAAUCCUUCCUCUGUACUGUGCCACUCUCCUUCAAAAGUGUAACAGCAUUCAUCACCGUCAGAAACUGCCUUACUUGGGUUGCCUAUUGCCUGUUUACCCACCCUGGCAUCAACCUGGCUGGCCUUACCUACUACUAUAGUUGUAGCAUCUAGAAGAAGCCCGUAUGUAGGGGGGAAAAAAGGUAUGUUUUCUGUAUGUUUUCCAAGUAUGUAGAAACGAUAUUCUCUUUCUCUUUGAAAAUGCCAUGUAUUGAGUACCUACUGUAUUUCAGGCACAUUCUAAAAUGUGAUACAACAAGUAAAUAAAAUUAAGAUUCCCCCUC